GCGCGCGAUGGCUUUGCUGAGGUGGGAGCUGGAGCGGAAGCGCGGCUGCCAUUUUGUGUAUUGCGGAUCGGUCUUUUCUCGCUUCGGGAGGUCGAAGCGAAGGUGGGGGGGAGGCGCAUCGUAAUUUUUGAGAGGGCGAGACGCCCGCAGCCGCUUUCCUGACGGACGCCUGGAGAGAUUGGCGCGCCCGAGUGCAGAGGGGAAAAGGCUGCGGCGUUUGCUUCACAACCUGUGAAAAGCAAGCGCGGGUUUCUGUUCUGCUUUCCCGCGGGAAAUUACGGAGCUGAGGCUCUUUCGAGGCCUCAUUCGACUCCCAGGGGCCUGUUGAUUUCACAGCCUUUAUCAGGCCUUCCAAGAAGAACCAGGUGAUUAUUGCUGUGGGUUGAGCUCAAAAUGGCUGUAGUCAUCCGUUUACAGGGACUUCCUCUUGUUGCGGGUUCUGCAGAUAUUCGUCGUUUCUUCUCAGGAUUGAAUAUUCCUGAUGGAGGUGUACAUAUUAUUGGAGGAGAAAAGGGGGAAGCUUUUAUUAUAUUUGCAACAGAUGAAGAUGCCAGACAAGCAAUGAGCUAUUCAGGAGGAUUUAUCAAGGAUUCACGUAUACAGUUCUUUCUUAGUAGCAAGACAGAAAUGCAGAGCAUAAUAGAAAUUAAUAGGAAAAGAUUUGAUCGUGGUGGAAGAGGAGGAGGUCAUAGGCGGACAGGUCCUAAGAAUUCUGGAACACCUGAUGUUGGAAACGUUUCAAAUAUAGUUCAAGUCAUUAAAAAGGGAAUUGGUAAAUCUAGCCAUGAUUCCAGAGUUCCUUUGGAGGAUGAAUUUCAUUCUAGUGGCUCUCGAAACAGUAAUAUAAAUUUUUCAAAAUCAAAUUUUAACCAGCCUAGGAAAGAAGCAUCUAAAUCUGAUAGGUUAUAUUUAUUCAUACGUGGUAUGCCUUAUUCUUCAACAGAAGAUGAUGUGUUCAAUUUCUUUUCUGGAUUACAAGUGGAGAAGAUACUUAUGUUAAAAGCCAAUGGUCGAAUCAAUGGAGAUGGUUUGGUCAAAUUUGCUACAUUAAGUGAUGCCAUGAAAGGACUGCAACGGGAUAGGAAUUAUAUGGGUUCACGGUUUAUAGAAGUACGUCCCUCCAGUGAAGGAACAUGGAUUAAGUAUGGUGGUAGAAUAGAAGAGGAGAUAGAUAAUUCUUUCCACUUUCAACAUAAUUUAAAUAAAGGACAAUAUUUUUCAAACACAGAGCAUCCAAAAAAAGAGCCAAGCUAUUUGUCUUCAAGGAAACGUACCCGAUCCAGAACUCCACCACGAACUCCACCACGUAGAGUAGUAUCACAGGUUAAUUCAAGGUCUCCUUCAUGGAGGAUUACGGAAGGAGGUUAUUCAAAAUCUCCUUCACAAAUGGGUAUGGCACAUGCCUUUUCAAGAUCUCCUCACAGGGAUAUGGCACACACUGGCUCAAGAUCUCCUCCACGGAGGGUCACAGCACGCAAUGGUUCAAAGUCACCACCACGGAGGGUCAUGGAACCUAUGCAUUCACAUUCUCCAAGGAGGAUCACAGCAAGUACCCAUUCAAGGUCUCCAAGGAGGGUUAAAACCCACUCUCAUUCACCUUUCUCUGCUCCAAGCCAGUCCCAUUCACCUCAGAGCAAGGAAUAUUACAUAUAUCUUAAAAAUCUUUCUGCUGCUGUUAAAAAGAAGGAUUUGCGGGUGUUCUUUGAGGAGAUAAGUUUAAUGAACAAGGACAUUAUUUUUCUAAAAGCUCAUUAUAAGGCAAGAAACAAAGAUGCGAUUAUUACACUCAGAUCAGAAGAAGCAUAUAGAGCAUCACUGACUUAUCACAAGCUUGAACUUUUUGGACGACAAGUUUACAUUUUCCCUGUUUCCAAAAGAAGAGUGCAAGAAGCAAUUGGGUCUUCUGAAGUUAAAAGAUCACCAGAAGGACAUCGCCAUGUAAAGGAUAAAAAUAAUCAAGAUGGCUACCCUGGCUCAAAGACAUGUGUGUAUGUAAGAAAUUUUCCAUUUGAUGUGACAAAUGUUGAAGUACAAAAAUUCUUUGCAGGAUUUAACAUUGAUGACAAUGACAUUUAUUUGCUUUAUGAUGACAAAGGAGUUGGACUGGGAGAAGCACUAGUUAAAUUCAGGACAGAAAAUCAGGCCCGAAAAGCUGAAAGCUUAAAUCGCCGAUGCUUUUUGGGGACAGAGGUACUCUUAAGAUGUAUACCCGAGGAGCAAAUGCAAGAGUUUGGUAUAAAUAUUUCAUCAGCAUCUAAUGAAAAGAUGCAAGGGUUUCACCAUAGUCAUGAAAGAGAUGAAAACUUUUACUCUGUUGAUUCACAAGGACCCUCUGUGCAGGAAGGUGACUAUAGAAGCCUGUCUGAUGAUUUUAUCUGCUCAUCUGAUAGAGGUCCUCCCCAAUUUAAAGAAUUUGGUGAUGAUAUUCCUGGAAAUUUUUCUGAUAGGCGCUUUGCGCCCGAUUCUAACUUUGGUGGUGGCUCAGAUUCUGUAACAUUGAUCAAAUUAAAAAAUAUACCAUUUCGAGCUUCUCCUAAUGAAAUUCUGGAUUUUUUCCAUGGCUAUAAAAUUAUACCAGAAUCUCUUUCUGUUCAGCACAAUGAAUAUGGAAUGUUUUCUGGUGAAGCAAUCAUUGCUCUAAUAAAUUACAAAGAGGCAGAGGCUGCUAUUAAUGAACUGAACGAUAGGCCAAUUGGCCAGCGCAAAGUUAGAUUAACCUUGGUAUAGAUGAAAAUGAGGUAGAAUAAAUAUACAGUAUUAUUUCAUUAUAAUUCACAAUUUUUUACUUGGAAAAUGAAGAAACCCCAAAAGGUUAAGCAUAAAGCAUUGCGUUUAAUUUUUAAAUUGCAGCAAUUUUAAUUAAUUUUUUUAAAAUAAUGGCUCAACCUCAUAGUUCUGCCAAGUUAUCUUUAAAAUAUGCAUAGCUGAAUUAUGAAACUUGACUUGUAUUUCAUCCCUCUGCUGCAUGUAUAUUUGCAGUUUAUCUAAAUAUGGUUUGAUGUAAAACAUUGUAUUUUCAGAAUUGUUCAAAAGCAUAGGUUGUGUCAUCCUUGUAUAUAUUAACUUAAACCCAUAGGAUUCUUGUCCAUUGUUAAUUCUCAGUGAUAGCUUGAAUGGUUUUGUUAUUGUCAGCUCAGCCUUUCUUUUAAAAUAAAAGUACAUGCACUGAAAUAUGUGGAUGGGUCAUUGAUGCAUUGCUUAUUCAUAGCAGUAAUAUCUUACAAUUCUAAUGUUUUAUAUUGGGCAUAUGUGAACAUAGGUAAUGAUUUUAUAAAGUUUUAUAGGAGCAGGUACAAUUUUAAAAUAUUGCAUAAUAUUGUCUAAAGAAUGCAACUUACUGUGAUAUCUGUAUACCCCUACAAUUUUGUUUCAUGUUUAGAUUUUCUAUUAAUUUGGCAAUAGUAUUAUCCUUGGGUAGCAUACACUGUAUAGUACAGUGAUGGCGAACCUUUUUGGGACCAAGUGUCGAAAAGGUUGCAUUGAAAUGGGGCCACGCUCUGGAAAAGCCAAACUUCUGGGUUCUAGCGCACAUGUGCACCUGACCAUCAGCUGGCCGGCACGCAUGGGCACCCCAGUUUUUGGUAUUGCCAUACGCAUGAACAACAGCUGAAGGUCAUGUGUGCAUGUGUGUCAGAAAACCCAAAGACAAACAGGCAAGGCUAUGUGUGCCGAGCGACAUGGCUUCGCAUGCCACUUUAGGCACGUGUGCCUUAUGUUUACCAUCAUGGAUAUAGUACAUAACACUAUAUAUUUAACACAUUCUUUUAAGUAUCGUGGUAGGGAGAAAAAGGAAACGACAUCUGAAAAGUAUCCAGUAUUUAAAACAACUCCAGAAACAUUUUGAAGUUGAUCUAUGUGCAUUGUAAAGGCAUUUUUUCUUAUCUUGGGUACUUGCAGCUGCAGCAUCAUUUUAACAUUACUUUGGCUUUGUAUACAUUAUGCAAGACUUUCCCAACUAUCUUCCAAAUGUAUUAAACUACAAUCUUCAUCAAAUUUAGUCAACUACUUUGCUUGGAAAUUAAACAAUCUGGAGGGUAUUAAUCAGAUUGUGAAAGGCAAUGUUGAACACUUAUAUAUGGGAUGUCAGGAUGACACUCAACCUAUCUUAUUUCAUAUACCACAUUUCUUCUGAGUAAUUAUGUUUUUCUCUUAAAGAUAGUGUUUGACAUGCAUAAAAGUGAGUCAACAUAUCUUUGCAGUAUUUAUUACUCUAAUUAGCUGAGCCAGGGAAAUGUUUUUCAAGUAUGAUUAGUUAAGAAAACUGCUUUUUUUCAGCAUGGAUACGCAGUUUGUCAUACAUUGAUUUGCAAGCGUAUUCCAGGAUAAUAAUCUUAGCACUAUUGUACAGUGUAAAUUGAUCUUAAGUUACUGCGGUAAAGAGAUUAUGGUUCAGUUUUAGGUUUUUGCACAUUUGCAUUUUAAUUAAAGUUGAUGGAAGUUAAAGGCUUAUUCUCUUUGGUUUUAAACUUAGCGUUUUGUACAGUUUAAAAACAUCGUGCUAUGGGCUUUAGUUUCAGAAUCACUAAGACAGGAUAUAAAUAUUUAAUGUUUUUAAAGCAUUUUUUAUUUUUAAAAUAUAUAAUAGCCUACAAUUAAAUAGAAUGGAUUAGAAUAUCGCUAAUACAUAAUAAAUGUGUGAAUUCUAAUUAUAAAAUGAGAAAAAAAUUAAAUACAAUUUUUCUUCUAAAGUCAUGUGAAUUUUGACUAAAAACUUAAAAGCUAUACUAUAAAAUGCUGAAAGGUAAACCAUUUAAUACUGACUCACACUUUUGUUGCAAAUAUGAUUAUUCAGUUAAACACCAAAGACUAGAUUCUGGGGAAGAAUUUGGCUAAGGAUGGGCAGAGAAAAUUAUAUUCAGGCUUCACUGACAGUUUUCCAGUUAUACCGCAUGCUGGAAGAUAGGGCUGGAAAUAAUUAACGCUCAAGAUCCUUCUGAUAUAACUUGUUUUCAACUUACAACCAUUUGUUUAGUGACCAAGGUUAUAAUGGCACUGAAAAGUGACAUGACUAGUUUUCACUCUUACAACCACUACAGCAUCCCAAUGGACACAUGGUAACUUGGUGUGGAGUUGACAGUUACACUGACCCGGGAUAAUGUGAUCACCAUUUAUAACCUUUCCAACCAGCUCUCAACAGUCAAUGGAGGAAGCCAGAUUCGCUUAAUGACUGCAUGCUUCACUUAACAACUGCAGUGAUUCACUUAACUGUGGGGGAAAAAAUAAAAUGAGACAAGUCAAUUGUCUUGUUUAUCAACAGAAUUUUGGGCUCAAUUGUAGUUGUAAGCUGAGAACUACCUGUACAUUUUUUAGAAUUAUAGCAUUGUAUACAGGCCAAAGCAAAUUUAGAUGUUUUGACUGGAUGGAUUCUAUAAUACAUCAAAGGAAUUUAUAAAAGUAAUUUUAUUUGGUUACAAGGGGAUGACUGCUUAUAUUGUUUAAUAAAUAUGAACAUAUACCUCAUUCCCUGUCUUAGUAGAUAAUCAAUGGGAAUAUCUGUUUUGAAAAGCAAAGAAACCAGGAAACUUGGUGAAUCCUUUCAGGUGAUUUUUUAAAAAAUAUC